UCGCCCACAAAAUGCGUGAAUACAAAAUCGUUGUAUUGGGCAGCGGCGGCGUCGGCAAAUCGGCGCUAACUGUGCAAUUUGUGCAAUGCAUUUUCGUGGAGAAAUACGAUCCAACCAUCGAGGACAGCUAUCGCAAACAGGUGGAAGUGGACGGUCAGCAGUGUAUGCUUGAAAUUUUGGAUACCGCCGGCACGGAACAGUUUACAGCGAUGCGAGAUCUCUAUAUGAAGAAUGGACAGGGAUUUGUUCUCGUUUAUUCAAUAACGGCGCAAUCAACAUUCAAUGAUCUGCAGGAUCUGCGAGAGCAAAUAUUGCGCGUUAAGGAUACGGAUGAUGUGCCCAUGGUGCUGGUCGGCAACAAAUGCGAUCUCGAGGAGGAGCGCGUCGUUGGCAAGGAUUUGGGCAAGAGUUUGGCCAAUCAAUUCAAUUGCGCCUUCAUGGAGACCUCAGCCAAAGCCAAAGUGAAUGUUAAUGAUAUUUUCUACGAUUUGGUCCGGCAGAUCAAUAAGAAGUCACCCGAAAAGAAACAAAAGAAACCGAAAAAGUCCCUAUGUGUUCUGCUAUAAGACUUCCAAAUAAUACAAAAAAAAAAACAUUAAUAAAAAAGAAAAGAAUAGAAAACAAAAGAUGAGUAAAAAAAGAAAAACAAAUAA